AUGUGGUGGAGCCUGAAUGAAGUUUCUCCUUUGAUUCUUUUGAUAACUUAUCUAAUAUGUCAGGACACAGUUACAGCACAUAGUGAGGUAACAGGAUUGCCUUCCCAGAGGCCGGUAUCAUUUACUCUCUUCAGAAGAACCGGCAGAGAUGUCAAUACUCCGGCUCCUGUGAACUGUCACCUAAGCCAGUGGUCAGAAUGGACUGGUUGCUUUCCUUGCCAAGAGAAAAAAUACAGAUACAGAACUUUGCUACAGCCUGCCAAGUUUAAAGGGAGUAAAUGCGCUGGUCAUCUCUGGGAUGAGGCAGCAUGCCGAGCAACAGAACCAUGUGCAGCAAGCCAACGCUGUGGAAAAGAUUUUCAGUGUGAGGAGACAGGUCGCUGUAUUAAACCCCACCUUGUAUGUAACGGAGAGCCAGACUGUAGAGACGGAUCUGAUGAGAAUAACUGUGAGGAUGAAGAUAUUGAAAGCCUCUGUGAAAAUCUAGACCCAAUUCCUGGGUCUGAAAGAGCAGCCCAAGGAUACAAUGUUCUUACACAAGAAGAAAUGCAAUUUGUAUAUGAUCCUAAGUAUUAUGGAGGCCAGUGUGAGUACAUUUACAACGGAGAAUGGCGGGAAUUGAAAUAUGACUCUGCUUGUGAACGUUUGUACUAUGGGGAUGAUGAGAAAUAUUUUAGAAAACCCUACAAUUUCCAUGUAUAUCAAUUUCUAGCUCAUGCUGAUUCUGGAUUCUCUUUUGAGUUUUACGAUGAUUCGAGAGAUUUAUUUGAUGCCAUAAAAAAAGAUAAAUCCACAAAUUAUGGUUUUACCUUUGGAAUAAGUUAUGCUAACGUACCUGCCUAUUUUGAGCUAGGUUUCAGUUUAUCACGGGGUAAAGGAACCCUGAAGAAUUUCACGCAAUAUAACGAGAAGAAUGUAGAAUUCAUUAGAGCCAUAACAAAGGUACAGACAGCACGGUUCAAAAUGAGACGGGAUAACAUAGUUCUGGAUGAAGAUGUGCUUCAGUCUCUGAUGGUGCUUCCAGACAGCUACAACUAUGGAAUGUAUGCCAAAUUUAUUAAUGACUAUGGUACCCAUUUCAUGACAUCUGGGACCAUGGGAGGCAUCUUUGAAUAUAUCCUUGUCGUUAACAAAGAAGAAAUGAAAAGAAAAGCCAUUUCAUCUGAAACAAUAAGCUCCUGUUUUGGUCUGUCAGGAGGCUUCAUAUACCAAAAGGAAAGAACAGAUAUAUCAAUGUCACUAUCAUACAAAAACUGUGAGAAGGACGUAUUCCUUAAAACUGAUCCUGAAACCAACAGUGCAAUAGUGGAAGAUAUUAUUCCUCGGAUUCAAGGUGGAGAUGUUGCUUCAAGUGGAGGGCUUUUAAACAGUUGGAAUGCCAAUAUGUAUCGUCGCUGGGGAAGGUCAUUAAAAUAUAAUCCUGCUGUUAUUGAUUUCGAGCUGCAACCCAUACAUGAAAUCCUCCAUAGAAGCAACCUUGAUGAUAUUGAAACAAAAAGGCAAAACCUGAAAAGGGCUUUGGACGAGUACUUAGCAGAGUUCAAUGCCUGCCGCUGUGGCCCUUGUCAGAACAAUGCUGAAUCCAUGCUUCUCGGGGACGUCUGUGUUUGUCAGUGCCCACAGGGUUAUGAGGGCCCAGCCUGCGAGAAGACCAGACGCAAAGGCAGUAAGACAAAUGGUAGCUGGAGCUGCUGGUCAUCCUGGACUCCCUGCCAGUCUGGAACAAAGAGACGUACGAGGCAAUGUAAUAACCCAGCCCCGCAAAAUGGUGGAACAUGGUGUGCUGGAAAGAGUGUGCAGACAGAGAUGUGCUAA